AUGAAAGACAAAGAGAAUGUUGUCACAGAGGUGGCACGACUUGACUUAGAGAAGCUGGAUGCAGCUCUGCUCCGCUCGAGUAGUGUUCCUAGCGACACCCCGGAAAAACCCCAUAUGUCAAGAUGGGAGCAUUUCAAGGAUGGCUUCAGAAGAUUUGAUGAAGAAGAUGCUGGCAUUGAUCCUAAUCUCCCUGAACAUGAAAGAAUUGCGCAAAUGACAGCCAAAUCCCCGCUCAAUCGGCUGCUCAAAAAUCGUCACCUUCAAAUGAUUGCCAUUGGCGGGUCAAUUGGGACAGGUUUGUUUGUUGGUCUGGGGAAAUCACUUCAUAACGGUGGACCUGCAGGCUUAGUUCUUGCUUAUAUCCUUGUGGGGAUCAUGAUUUAUUGUACCGUACAAUCCUUAGGUGAACUUUGCGUUACCUUCCCUGUUUCGGGUGCAUUCACCACAUACAACUCACGUUUUAUUGACCCUUCAUGGGGUUUUGCGAUGGCAUGGAACUAUGCACUUCAAUGGUUAAUUGUGAUGCCAUUAGAGUUGGUUGCAGCGAGUAUGACAAUCAGGUAUUGGGAUACCGAAACUAAUCCAGCCGCAUACGUCACGAUCAUGUGGGUUCUCAUCGCUGCAAUCAACUUUUUUGGGGUCAAAGGGUACGGUGAAGCCGAGUUCAUCUUCUCCGCAAUUAAAGUUAUCGCUGUCAUUGGGUUUUUCAUUCUUUCCCUUGUCCUCAUUGGUGGUGGUGGUCCCACAGGUGAGAAAUUGGGCUCGCGCUAUUGGCAUAACCCUGGUGCCUGGGCAAACGGAUUCAAGGGUUUAUUGUCGGUAUUUGUAGUUGCAGCCUUUGCAUUUACUGGUACCGAGUUAGUGGGUUUGGCGGCGGCUGAAUCGGCUAACCCUAGAGCAACAAUGCCGCGGGCAAUUAAACAAGUGUUCUGGAGAAUCACGUUGUUUUAUGUUAUUUCGCUCGUGAUGGUUUCUUGUCUUGUCCCUUACAAUGAUCCCCGAUUAUUAGGUUCAUCAUCGGUCGACGCCUCAGCAUCGCCAUUCGUUUUAGCCAUUGUCAACGCCCACAUCUCAGGUUUGGACCUGGUCAUGAACGUCGUCAUCAUGAUAUCGGUACUUUCAGUGGGAAAUUCAGCGGUAUUCGGGUCUUCUCGCACUCUUUGUGCUCUUGCUGCUGCGGGGCAAGCCCCCAAGAUCUUGAGUUACAUCGAUAAAAGAGGUCGUCCUCUUGUGGCAGUCAUUGUUCAAUUGAUUUUUGGGUUCCUCUGCUACCUUGCAGCCUACCCUGAUCAAGGCACUGUGUUCACGUGGAUGCUUGCUCUUUCGGGAUUAUCGUCGAUUUUCACUUGGGGUUCGAUCAACUUAGCUCAUAUCCGCUUCAGAUUAGCAUUAAGGUCUCAAAAUAGAGGAACCGAUGAGUUGACUUGGACCUCACAACCAGGAAUAAUUGGAUCAAUCAUUGGUUGCACAAUGAACGUGCUUAUUCUUGUGGCUCAAUUGUAUGUUGCCGUAAGACCCCUUGGUGGUGACCCUCCUUCAGCUGAGGCAUUCUUUCAAUCAUGCUUGUCGAUCCCCGUCAUUCUCGCCUUUUAUAUCGUCCAUAAGGUCUGGAAGAGAAACUGGAGAUUCUGGAUUCCCUUGAAAGAGAUUGAUAUUGAUACCGGGCGUCGCGAGACUGACUUGGAAUUAGUCAAGCAAGAAAUCGCGGAGGAAAAAGCUGCCAUCAAGGCCAUGCCCUGGUGGAAACGUAUUUAUAAGUGGUGGUGUUGA